CAUGAUAACUUUGCACAGGUACCAAGAUGAGUUCAGCCAAAAAGAAGCCAAAUAUAGCUGAGGGUCUUUCAUUCCUACCACCAGCUCUACCUCAGCUCCACAGAAAACAGCCGUGGAUAGAUACAAAACCUUCAUUUUCGCCGUAUCCCCCACUCAAGCGGAAACGAGUUGGUCUGACUAAAGGAGUGCACAGUAGACCGGUUCAGAGUCAGGGCACAGGUCAGAACGAUCUUGAGAGCAGAACAGCAGAUCAGUUCAACAGAACCUCCAAGCACUGCAUCAGCACCCAUACAGAACUCAUGAAUGAGAAGGGCAAGAUUCUCCGGGAAACUCUGGUUAAAUUCAUAUGCUUGCAAGAAAAAGAGGACAGCCCCGCGCCAACAUUUGGCUCCUCCAAAUCCACAACAAAGACAAAUCGUGGAAAGGGAUAUGAUAACUACAUCCAGAAGGGGAUAGACCUGGAAGAUGUGUCUCCUCUGGAGGACUCUUGGCUGGAGAGCAUACAGGACAUGAUACCAUGCCACCUGCAGAGCCUGAGCACACCUUUUCAUCUGCUGGUCGACGAGAUCAGAGAGGAAUACCUGCUCAGCGUCAAGGAAGCAAUCGUGAAAUAUAUAUUUGGAGAUUCAGGGGACAGUGACGAAGACCAAGUGAAAGAUCUGCCCCCUCACAGGCUUGAACUGGAGGUUUUGGAAAAACCAUGGAACAAAACCUUUGUCCUUGCACGAAAGAAGAUGGGGAAUAAGCUUCACUCCAUCAACCCCACUAUGCUGAAUGUGCUUUACAUUUGGCAUGCAUUUUACAAACAUUUACGCCUGAUAGAUGUAGAGGAGUUCCACAGCAGAGAGGAGUCCAUGGAGCUCUCUGUGUUUCAGCAAAUUGUCAACAGACAAAUUGACAAUGCCAGAGAAGUCCUCCUCAAAAACUGGGUUCCCGAAGUGCACAACAUUUUCUACCAGGGGUGCAGGUCCCAGCUGGUGCCUGCCUCCAGCAAUAUGCCCAAACUGCUUUCUUUCUUCAACUGUGCGGCUACACUGAUGACAAUGCAGCUGCAGAGCCUUGCAAUAGACUCCAUGAGGGACUAUACACGGCUCAUUUCCCAAGACCCGAAGUCAGAGCGGGCCUAUGAGCACACAGGCUUUGUGCUGCAUCUGAUCCUGGAGGACGGAGACAUCAAGUUCGAGCCUGAACUCAAACAGUACGAGGAGGCCCUCCUUAACGUCUAUCAGCUCAUGCUCAGGCCUAUCAACAUGGUACCACGAGUGGAAACCAAACUCUACUUUGAGUGGCAAAGCUCCCAGUGUGGAAGCACUCUAAAGCCCAUCAUCCUGCCGGAGAUCCUGGAGGCGCAGCAGGAAGAGGUGCUCCGUGUUUUCCUGGCUGAGUGUGUCAGGCCCAAGGAGUAUGUCCAUGAGUAUGAUAAAUACUCCCCGCUGGUUUCCAGGCAGGCGGAGGAGGAUGUGGAGCAGUUCCUCAGUGAGCAGCACUCCUUCCAGGACAUCAUGGCAGAGGUGGUCCACUACCAGCAGCUCGCUGACCAGAUCCAGUACACAUCGUGCCAGGUAGUGCGCCUCGGCAUGUUUGAGGUUCAGUCCCAGAAUCUCAUCCACUCUCUCGUCAAGCGUGCUGAGGAGCUCCAGCAGAAAAUGGUCACUCGCAUGCUGCAGGACCAUCAGGAGAUCAACAAGAAGCUCUGUAAUGAAUUUGAGAAGAUGGCAGAGAAGGCACUGAGCACACCCAAUGACACGCAGGAGCUGAUGGAGCUUAAGGCCUAUAUGUAUAAAGGAUACUUAGAAGAACAGCUGUGA